UAAUAAUAUCAUGGCAUAAAUCGCACCAGAAGAAAUUUCUCUGUUCUUCCUGCCCUUCCUGCCCGCGCCCGAAGCAGAGGCCGUCAUCGAUCGAUAUCGAUCUUUGAGGAUGAGAUUAGUCCCGGUUCUGUUGGCGUUACCCAUGGUGUUGUUGGGGUUCGUCCUCGGCUUUUCUUUCCCGGCAUCGAUGACGCCCAAUCUUCAGUGCGGCGUACUGCCUUGGAGUGGCAGCACCAACUCCAGCUCCAGUGACAGCUUCCUGGGGAGACUGUGGGCACCAUUACUCAGAAACAGCAGUAGCACCUCAAAUGCCACUUCAGGGAUUGUGAAUGUUGCAAGGAAGCCUGAAGGCGCAGGGAGGUUACCGCCGGGCAUCGUGGUCUCGGAGUCCGAUCUUCACCUGCGCCGGCUAUGGGGAUCCCCUACGAAGGACACGCCGGUUCGAAAGUACCUCCUGACAAUGGCGGUAGGGUACAAGGAAAGGGCCAAUGUCAAUGCAACUGUUCAAAAGUUCUCGGACAACUUCGACGUGGUGCUGUUCCACUACGACGGCCACACGACGGAGUGGGACGACGAGUUCCAGUGGUCCAAGGAGGCCGUUCAUGUCAGCGCCAGGAAGCAGACCAAAUGGUGGUUCGCCAAGAGGUUCCUUCACCCGAGCAUCGUGGCGCCGUACGACUACGUCUUCCUGUGGGACGAGGACCUCGGCGUCGACAACUUCACCGCCGAAGCGUACAUCAACAUCGUGAAGAAGCACGGGCUGGAGAUCUCGCAGCCGGGGCUGGACGCCACCAAGGGGCACAAGGCGUACGACGUCUCCGUCAAGAGAAACUCCGGCGAGGUGCACAAGACGGAUGCAGGGGGGGAGAAGUGCCCCGACGUGCACCAGCGGCCGUGCAGCGGGUUCGUGGAGGUGAUGGCGCCAGUCUUCUCAAGGGAUGCUUGGAGAUGCGUGUGGCAUAUGAUCCAGAAUGAUCUGGUUCAUGGAUGGGGUCUCGACUUCAACUUCUGGAGAUGUGUCGACGACCCUGAAGAGCAAUUUGGCAUCGUGGACGCACAGUAUGUUGUCCAUCAUGCAGUUCCCACACUCAGAGAUCAGGGUAACGGAGAAAAGCAAGGAAGCAGGGCUAAGGUGAAAGACCGGCAAUACGAGGAGAUGCACGCCUUUGACUCAAGAAUGGAUAAUGCUGACAAGGAGCUGGCCAACUCUACCGCUAGAUCAUCAUCCCAGCCCUAAAGUAGUUUCCGUAUUGGUUAGUUACACAAGGAGUACUGCACAUUCAGAUAAUAUAGUUGACUAAACACUAAGAAAACACCACUGGUUUUGUUAAUGAUCUACAACGGACCGAGAGGGGGUUGAGAUGAGACCAUUUUAUUUUAUUUUUAUUUUCCAUUAUUGGAUUCAUUGUUGUACAUUUGCUUUUUAUUGGCAUGAAGCGUUUAUUUGCAACACUUUGUAUUAUUGAACACUAAUAAGUGGUAUUUU